CUUGCCCGGUCGGUGCCACGUACCCUCCAGCUCUCUCUCCUCUCUCUCUCUCUCUCUCAGUGUGUGUCUCUGUAUCUAUCUGUCUCUCCCCUCACGAAUACCUUCGUCCCGUGCCCUCCCGAAGUAUAUGAGAAUGCCACGCUGCCCUUCGCGAAAGGAGGCACUCUUUAGGGUCGUGGCACUCUGACGUGAGUCGUGUUGUGUAGUACCUCUGUUUGUUAGACUUGUGGUUCUAAUGUGACUUGGAUAUGGACGGUAAAUAUCCCAUUAAGAAGGAGAGCGCGAAAGAAAAAUAUUCAAUAUAUAUAUCUUACAGACUGUGCUUCAGUCAUUGAACGAAAACAAAAAACGCUCGUCAUCAGACCAACAAUAUUUCAGUGUUGUGUGAGACUCUGCAAUAAAGAAAAAAAUUGUGAAUAUAGUUUACAAUAAACAAACUUAUCUGUGGCAGCUACUGUUUUCUCGCGGUUAAUAUAAAACUGGUCUUCAACAUAAAUCUUAAGAUAUUCGAGAUUGUGUUCGACUGAGCUGUAGAACAAAGCCGUCAGAUUCGUUAAGAAAACAUACUGGAUGAACAUGAAAGCGUGUUUGAAGGCUGUGAGACGAGAUUAUGCACCGUGAAAUUCGUUGAAAUGUGAAGCUGUUCAGACGAAGUCGAACGAAAAAAAAAAAAAAAAAAUAGAAAUAAAUAAAAAAAAUCUCGUAUCCAAGAGGCGUUUCGCCAAAGCUCCACGUAAAGGAUUAAUACCCGUAAUCACCUAUAACCGAGAGGCGAAAUUGGUGACGUUUCAUUCGACAUAUCUUGGAUUGUGAUUUUUUGUGAAAAUUGACAACUGACAUUAAAAAAAAUUACAAAAAAAAAAAAACGAACUAACUUGAGCUGUUAAGGACGAAAAGAAUAUUAAGUGACUGAGUGAACUCUGAAAAUGAAGGGAUAAAAAACUAACUUUAAAAGAGACAACAGUAAAAAAUAAAAGAAAAUAAUUAAGCGAACGCUGACGACUGGGAAAAAAAUCAGUAAGCGUUAGGGUUAUAACAUUUAAGACUAAAAGGGUCACAUUUGACAAAUGAUCAGGGCUGUUCUGUCGAUAAAUCAGAAGGAAUUCUUUUAUCAAUCAUCUUUUUAUGUCUCCUAUAGUAUACAUCAUUCAGAGACAACAAAGUGAUUUAUUAGUUGUAAGUCUUUUUCCAUGUGUUUCAAGGUCAUUCGGUUAUUCAAGAUUACGACUUCAAAAUAUCUUUGCAUUAUUCAUCUGUUUUUUCAAUAACACAUUCGUUACAGAUACAUGCAAAUAAGCUUCGUUAUUCAAUGACCUAAGCUUCUGAGUUUCAUAUAACUUUCACAAGGACACUCAUCAUCUCUCAUUUGCAUCCUUGCAAUGAAAGCUAGGUUGAGAUAUUAAUAUUUUCACGCUGAAAGUUCAUUUAAACCAAUGAAAUGGUCCUCUUGACAAGUUUUUAAGUACGUCUAAACAUUCAGAGCAGUCCUUCGAAAAAAAGUCUCAAAGUGGAGACCACAUUUCAACAUUUAAGAAUAUCUAAAGCAAGUCGUAGUAACCUUGAUAAUUUAGAACAGUCUUAUUUGCAAGUCUGCAAGUCCUCCUGAUCAAUUAGGAUAUAGUCUCUCAACCAAGGAACCUCAGGAUUCCACUCGGCCCACUUAGCUGAAAUAGUCUACAAGUCCGGUAAAGUCCACCGAGAAGCAAUACGGAAUAGUGCACACAUCAAGUCUCCAUUAGACCGAACUAUCAGAUAGGACUACCGUCGACGGCGUAUCCUGCAGGAUGUCCAAGUGCUGCAGGAGCCUCUGCUGCCGGGAGGAGAGCUCGGACGACUCCGAGCUGGAGGAGGAGGUGGCCCUGCCCCCGGGUCUCAUACCCGUACACAACGAGGCCAAGGCUCAGGAGACCAUCCCGAUUAGGACGCCCUCGGCGAGCAGGGAAUCUUUGGACCCGCCCUUGAAAGAGAAGACUCAGCAGCCCCAGUUAAGCGUGAGAAAACAGCUCUUCUCGAUGACGGGAUGGAACCUGACCAUAUACCCAGACAUGUCUGUCAAGGGCACCAGAGAAUUCUAUAACAUUUACGCAAUACUCGAGGUACGGGCCGUGGGCAAGGGAGAAGUACAAGUACGAGGUGUGGAUUCGGGGCUCUUUCUCGCCAUGUCCGCGAAAGGGAAGCUGUAUGGAGAGCCGAAUGAGCUCAAAGAGAGCACGGUGUGGGUGGAGACGCUCUCUGGCGCCUUCUACAACUACCUGUCGAAAAAAUACGCCCACAUGGGAUGGUACCUGGGCAUUAAAAAGAGCGGGAAGGGCAAGAAGGGGCACAAGACCGAGUACGGCCAAAGGGCCGUCCAGUUCCUGCCCAGACAUCCGUACCCUAUAGGAUAAGAAGAGGAGGAGGAGAAGACAUCAUCAGAGACUUGAAUUUCCUGACAGAAAGAGUACCUAUUAUUAUUCUUGUUGGUAAGAAUGGCAAAAGGGGAGGGAGAAGACAGCCAGGAUUACUCUCUUCCCUUUGUAGCAUUUACACUCAGGAGGGACACGACCGCACCAAGGCUUAAUCAUUUAUUUAAGUUGUCGUGUUCUAUCGACGGAAGCUGACGACGUCGAAGCACGCACGGUAGUAGAGUCUCCUCGUCUUCUACUCUGGUCAGAGUCGACUCUUAGAAGGAUUUUGUAGGUUUAUUUCCGUAGAGCUAUAGGUCGAGGUUUGGCUAAGGACAACUUCUUUUUUUUCUUCUUUUUUUCCGUAUCCAGUGGAAGGAACAACAUUCAGAAAGUGGCUUAUUUGUACACGUAGGAACCAUAGUUCAAUUUAGCGAUUUUUUUCAUAGGGACCUGUAAUGUACUUAGCUUUUUACCUUAAUUUAUUUAUUUACUGUAGUUUUGCAGCAGAGUUAAAUAUAUUAUGAUA